AUGGGAUCCUAAGCGGUGUCAGGGUUAUGGAAGCAACUGACGUAUCCCUACUUAGCUGAUUAUUUGUUUUUGGAGUUUUUGCAAUCUUGCUUUUUAUUUAUAGACAAGGAGAAGUUAUUUUUUUACGCCUCAGAAACCUCUUAGAAGUGUUCUGAAUAAGAGGAAUUUUAGUCAAUAUCAACUUAUAUUUCGUUUUGGGAAGGAAGAGCAUAUUUAUUCAUGCUUUUUUCAGGAAGAGUGGAGGCUGUCCUUCUUUUUUUUGCAGUUAAUUUAUAUUACUUGGCAGUGCAGGUACCCAUUAAAAAAAUUAAAACUCUACAAGUAUGUAUUUAUUUUUUAAUUAAGUUUAUAAUUAAAAUUAUAAUUAUUAUUAUAUGUAUGUAUGUGUGUGUGUGUAUGUAUUUAGGCUGA